AGGUUUGCUCAGUAGAAGAUUGACUUCCUACAAUACACGGAAUUCAUGCCAGCGAUGUAAAUGACACAUUGUUUGAUGCUAUAAAAGUUCAGGUGUAAGAUGGAGACAGAAAAGGAGAAAGAUGAUGUCGAGGUAACUGUGGUUGAGAGAUUCGUAGAGGAGACGAAGGACACGGACCAGAUUCCCAGAGAGACAUGGUCCAACAACAUGGAAUUCAUCCUCGCUUGUGUCGGGAUGGCUGUAGGUCUGGGUAAUCUCUGGAGGUUUCCUUAUCUGUGCUACAAAAAUGGGGGAGGUGCCUUCCUCAUACCGUUUUUGACGUUUCUGGUGUUAGGAGGUGUACCCGUGUUUAUGCUGGAGCUAGGCCUUGGACAGUACAUGAGUCUGUCAGGAUUUAAAACAUGGAACAUUUGUCCGGUGUUCCAAGGUAUAGGAAUAUCAAACUUUGUCACGGUCUUCCUCUCGAACAUCUAUUACAUCAUGGUAUUAGCGUGGUCUGCCUACUAUUUUGUGAUAAGUCUGAAAGCGGUCCUUCCUUGGUCUAACUGCAACAAUGAUUGGAACACACCCAGAUGUACGACUUUCCACAAAGACGUCAACACCAACUCGUCUGUCAAUGUAUCUCUGAUCAACUCGAGCGUUACUGCUGGACAGCCAGCUGGCUCAGCUGUAGAGUUUUGGGAACGGGGAGUACUACAGCUGACCACAGAUAUCACAGACGGUGGUGGUAUUAUCUGGGAGCUGGCCCUGUCAUUACUGGCGGUAUGGGUGAUGGUCUACUUUUGUGUGUGGCAGGGAGUCAAGUGGACGGGAAAGGUUGUAUACGUCACGGCAAUAUUUCCCUACGUCAUACUGAGUGUGCUGUUGGUGCGGGGACUGACACUAGAUGGCGCCAUGGAUGGUAUAGUUUACUACCUAAAGCCGGACUUGUCACGACUUUCAGAUAUACAGGUUUGGAUGGAUGGAGGAACGCAGGUAUUUUUCUCAUAUGCCGUUGCUCUUAACGAAAUUAUAACUCUUGGGAGUUACAACAAAUUUACAAACAACUUUUACAGGGACGCUAUCCUAAUAUCGUGUAUCAACAGUGGAACCAGUCUGGUUGGGGGAUUCGCCGUUUUCUCCGUGCUGGGGUUCAUGGCCAAACAACAUAACCUUCCAAUAGAAGAUGUCGCUAAUGCUGGUCCCGGGUUGGCAUUUAUAACGUAUCCUAACGCCGUCACGCAGAUGCCGAUUUCUCCGUUGUGGGCGGCGCUUUUCUUUUUGAUGAUCAUUCUACUUGGACUUGACAGUCAAUUUGUUGGAGUUGAAGCCGUCAUUUCUCCGAUCAUGGACGUGUUUCCAAGUUUGAUGCGAAGAAAGUAUCGUCGGAAUUUGCUGGUGGCAGCUUAUUGUUUCCUGUCGUUUCUCCUGGGCCUCUCCAUGGUAUCUAAGUAGACUAAAGGGCGAAAGACUGAAUGUCACUGAUAAAAUCUUGUAUGGAAAUUUUGA